CAAUCGUUCCUAUGAGUCCAGCAGCAUGCCUUCACUUCUCGAAAUGUCGUGACAGCUUUUCAUAAUCGUGUUUUGCUCAGUAAAUUUCAAAAAUAUGAAGGGAGUUUUAAAUAAACUUCAAUUAUGGGUUGUCUUAUUAUUUUUGCUGCAUCAUGCGGAUGUUUUCAGGUUUUCGUCUGCUCAAGAGUAUGAUGACUCACUGGAGCUCAUUUUGUCAGAGGACACUUUGUCCGACUUGGAGAACAGCCCCAAGUUUGUAGAGUCCGGAGACCUGGACUCUCUGCCGAAGAGGCAGUUCAAGACGGCUGAGAUUGCAGAUGCUGUGAUGGGCACUGAAACUCCCAUCGAUCCAUCUGACAUCGAGUCUCUCUUCCCCAAAAAUGUGAAAGACUUUCAGUCAGGCUUCUCCCCACCCUGUGAUGACAGCAGUGCCCAGUGUAGUUCACCGGCUCCAGCUGAGAAUGGUGCAUCACAGGAGGAGGAUGCUGAAUCAUCACAGCAGCUCACGCUUGACAUUGUGCGUGCGGAGGUCAUAACGGUUGAGGAGCACAACACCACGGAGACCGCCAAGACGUACAAAGUCAACUGUGAUAAACGGAACAUCACAGGAAUGGAGAACUUCACUGUGCAGGUCCUCAAUGCCUCACAGGAUCUAAUGGAGUUCCUCAAUGCUAACAGCACAGAGUGCUCUGUGGUGCUGUUCUUCACCGCCUGGUGCCAGUUCUCAGCCAACCUGGCACCUCACUUUAACGCCCUUCCCCGGGUUUUUCCCAGCAUGCAUUUCUUGGCACUGGAUGCCUCACAGCACAGCAGCCUCUCCACGAGGUUUGGGACUGUGGCAGUGCCCAACAUCCUGCUGUUCCAGGGGGCAAAACCAAUGGCUCGUUUCAACCACACUGACAGAACGCUGGAUACGCUCACAUCUUUCCUUGUUAACCAGACAGGUUUUGAAGCCGGCCCUGAUAGAAAUGUGACAGACGCAGACCGCCUCGGUCCCCUCCCUAGCGUUCCCGUGAAGAGCAUCGACUGGCUGCUGGUUUUCUCCAUCCUCUUCAUCACAAGCUUCACUCUGUACGCCAUCCUGCGGACCGACAGCAUACGCUGGCUCAUACCCGGACAAGAGCACGAGCAUCAAGACUGAAACCUCACAGACUGUUCGUGAAGAAUGAUGUAAAGAAUUGUUUGAUAAACAGUUUAGUUUAUUAAAAUGGCUAAUGUGCUUAUGUUUAAGUGUUUGAGUGAAAUAAAAUAUUUGAGCUCUUGCGGUUUAGAAUAAAGAUUUGGAUUAAAAGUAACAU